AUGAGAAACCACACUGUGAUCACAGAGUUUGUGCUCUUGGGCAUAACAGAUGAUCCAGAACAUCGACUUGUACUUUUCAUCUUUUUAUUAAUAACUUAUAUACUAAGUCUCACUGGGAAUGUAACCAUCAUCAUCCUUACCUUGCUAGACUCUCACCUAAAGACUCCUAUGUAUUUCUUCCUCCAGAAUUUCUCCUUCUUAGAAAUUAUAUUCACCAGUGUUUCCAUCCCCAGAUUUUUGGGGUCAAUAAUUACUAAAAUCAAGACAAUUUCCUAUAACAACUGUUUGGCUCAGUUAUUUUUCUUCAUCUCCACGGGGGUGUCUGAGUUCUUUCUUCUAACUGCUAUGUCUUAUGAUCGCUAUGUCGCCAUCUGCAAACCACUGCAUUACACCACCAUCAUGAGCCAGAAAGUUUGCACCCUUCUUGUCCUCACUUCAUGGCUGGCAGGAUUUCUGACCAUCUUCCCACCACUCAUGCUGAUCCUCAAGUUAGACUUCUGUGCUUCUAAUGUCAUCGAUCACUUCUCCUGUGACUACUUCCCCAUCUUACAGCUCUCCUGCUCAGAUACAAGGAGUCUAGAGAUGAUCGGCUUUUACUUCGCUUUUGUCACUCUGCUGUUCACGUUGGCGCUAGUGAUCCUGUCAUACAUCUGCAUCAUCAGCACCAUUCUGAGGUUCCCAUCUGCCAGUCAGAGGAAAAAGGCUUUCUCUACCUGUUCCUCUCACAUGAUUGUCAUCUCUAUGUCCUAUGGAAGCUGCAUUUUUAACUAUGUGAAACCUUCUGCACAAGAAAGGGCAUCAUUAACAAAAGCAGUAGCUGUUCUCAACACAUCAAUUGCUCCCAUGUUGAAUCCCUUUAUUUAUACCUUGAGGAACCAGCAAGUAAAACGAGCUUUCAAAGACUUAUUUUACAAAGUCGCAUUUUACAGAAGCAAGUGA